ACGCGUCAACGUGUCGUUUCGUCUCCCGGGAUUUGUGAGCGAAUAACGCAUCAGCAUUUUGUAUCGUACGCCCCGAAGAGAAGCCGAAGGAAGCCCCGAAGCGUCUUAAGGAAGCCAAAAGCGACACAAGGAAAUACAGAAGUUGAAAGGACAUAAAUUCAGAGCGUCGAGCCUGAGGAUGGAUAGCUGGUUUCUUGGAGGUAAAUUUCGAUGCUCGCACUCUGCAUCGAUGCUCACUAAAUCGAUUGUCCUCGGAUAUGUCCCGACAGGAGGUCGCUAGUCCGUGUACAAGAGAAAACUACCUUUACCGGUGCCUUGGACUCACUUAACAAGCGCCAGAAGUCAAGUGCGAAAUCCAGCAGAAUGAUUCGCUACAUCUACAAAAUCUUUCAAAACUUUUGGAACAAUGAAAACCUCGAGGACUUUUCUAAUCAAGACAACAUGGCUGCUGUUCAGCCAUUGCUAGCUAAUGGCAUAGUUAACGGGAUUGGAAAAGGAGAGAAGGUAUCGAAUUAUAUUAUUCCUCGAUAUGCUGUGGCUAGUACGACCGGAUUAGAAGGCCCCGAUCAAAUCUUAAGUUCCGAUACGGAUACGACUUGGGAAGCAAAUGGUCGGGUUCGGAUAAAAUUAGAUAAUCAAGCUGACGAAAAAUCUAAACCCAUAUCCGUUCCUGGACUUUUAAUGAAAACUGCAAAUAAAUAUCCUAAUCAUCCAGCUCUGAUUUCGAGACCAGGUGUUGAUGGAAAGAGAUCGAUACUAACGUAUAAACAGUAUGAAAGUCAAGUAAGAAUCGUAGCUAAAGCCUUUCUUCAUUUAGGACUGGAAAGACAUCAUAGUGUUUGUAUUCUUGGAUUCAACACUCCUGAAUGGUUCAUAUCUGACAUUGCAGCAAUUUAUGCUGGAGGAUUUGCUGCAGGAAUCUAUACAACGAAUUCGCCAGAAGCAUGUCAAUAUUGUGCUGAAAGCAGUCGAGCUAAUAUUAUAGUUGUUGAAGAUGAAAAACAACUUGAAAAGAUUUUACAAAUUAAGAACAAUCUUCCAAAAUUAAAAGCCAUAAUACAAUAUGAUGGGACUCCUACAGUCAAAGACGUACUAAGUUGGUACGAUUUAUUAGAAAUAGGUAAAAAAGAGUCAGAUGAUAAGUUAGAUAGUAUUUUAAAAACGAUUGGAAUUAAUGAAUGCUGUACUCUUGUAUACACGUCAGGGACUAUUGGCAAUCCAAAAGCUGUAAUGUUAAGUCAUGAUAAUCUUCUUACUGAUGCUAGAGGUAUUUUAGCUACAGGAGAUUUAAAUACAGAAGCGCAAGAAAUUGUAAUCAGUUUUUUACCUUUAUCACACGUUGCUGCACAGGUUGUAGACAUCUUCACUUGUAUGCUAAUGGCAGGUACAGUGUAUUUUGCUGACAAAAAUGCUUUAAAGGGUAGUUUAUUAGAUACUUUGAUAACUGCGCGACCAACUGCUUUUUUGGGAGUUCCACGAGUAUGGGAAAAAAUUUAUGAAAAAAUGCAAGCUGUCGCCAGAAAUAAUGGAUUUAUUAAAACUUGGAUUGCAAAUUGGGCUAAGGCUCAGGGUUUAAAAUAUAAUCUCAACCGCAUGAAUGGCAUCGAGUAUAAAUCAUGGAGUUAUCUGUUAGCUAAGUGGUUUAUUUUUCGCAAGGUCAAGGCAGCUUUGGGACUUGACAGAUGUCAUGUAUUUGGAACAGCAGCCGCACCUCUUAGUACAGAUGUUAAAAAAUAUUUUAUGAGUCUAGAUAUGGUGAUCAUGGAUGCUUAUGGAAUGUCUGAGUGUGCUGGUGCUCAUUCUUUAUGUACGAAUAACAGUUUUCGUUUAGGAAGUGUUGGACAUUCCCUACCAGGAUUUCUCACAAAGGUUGAUAAUAUUGAUAACACAGGAGAAGGUGAAAUUUGUAUGGGGGGACGACAUGUUUUUAUGGGUUACUUGAAUGAUCCAGAAAAAAUAAAGGAAACAAAAGACGAUAACAAUUGGUUGCACAGUGGAGAUCUGGGCAAAAUUGAUGCUGAUGGUUUUAUUUAUAUAACAGGAAGAAUUAAAGAGUUGGUUAUUACAGCAGGUGGUGAAAAUAUUCCUCCAGUUCAUAUUGAACAAUUAGUGAAAACAGAAUGUCCAGCCUUAAGCAAUGCCAUGCUUAUUGGAGAUAGAAAAAAAUAUUUGACAAUGUUAGUCACACUAAAGACUGAAAUGAAUUUAGAAACUGGUGAACCUCUCGAUAUACUAUCUCUAGAUUCACGAAAAUGGGCAAAGUCCUUAGGAAGCCAAGUAAAAACUUUAUCUGAGGUAUUGAGUACUCAGGAUCCAAUUAUAAAACAAGGAAUACAGGAAGCAAUAAAUCGAGCAAACGAAAAAGCGAUAAGUAAUGCUCAAAGAGUUCAAAAGUUCAAAAUUUUACCCCAUGAUUUUUCAUUACCAACUGGAGAACUGGGUCCAACGUUAAAACUUAAACGUAACGUUGUUCUGAAGAAAUAUGCAAAUUUAAUCGAGGAAAUGUAUAAAGAAUAAGGGAAAAUGUUAACUUUAGUCAAGAAUAUGUCUAGGAAUCAGAUUCCAUGGCAAUUUGAAUUACACGUGAAUGAAUUCACUGAUCUUAAGCAUUUGUUCCAAUACGCUAUUCAAAUGACAAGAAUUUAUUAUUAAAUUAUUUUCUAUCGCGACAUGUUAUACUUAUACUUGUCGUGUUAAACAAUUUACCCACUAAACAAAUUACAAAACGUUAAAUUGUGAUAUUUUAUGAAUGAUUUGUUUAAUAAUUUAAUUUUCUAGUAUUAAAGAAUAUUUUUUUAUAGUAAUUUUAAACUAGAAUAGCAAAUACGAAAUUCUGUAUUUUUCAACAAAAUGUUUACUUAAUUUUUCUAAAUUCUUAUUAGUUAUAUCGCGAUUUAACAUACAUAAGAAUCUUAUCAACGUUUGGCUCCAUUUUGCUUUUUCUUUUAAACUGUUUUUUUUUCUUCAAUUUUUUAUUUUAUUAAAUACAUUAUGUAUAUUUCUAUGGAAAUACACUGUUUUUCUUCAUACUUAUGCACUAUUCUUGCAAUAUAUCUUAAUGUCAAUGCGAUAUUGAAACAAUGGUGAUGUGAAGUGCGGCAUGUACAUAUUGUGAAUAUGAAAAUAAAAAGUGCCUUUUUGCAACAGAAAUAAUUGUAACGUACAUAGGAUGCGUUGACGAAUUUUUUUGUACUCAUUGCAUGACAUUUUAUUCAUUUUACUACAAAAAUAAAAUUGUUUAAAUUGA